UUCGUUAGUGGGGUGAGUGAGUAAAAAGUGCGUCCAUUUUUGAUGUUUCGUGUUUCUCACGAAUUUCACGGGAUUUUCGUGUUUUUCUGCCUGAAAAAAACCGCCGAAGUAUUUUCCUGAAGCAAAAAUGACUCCAAUGGACCCAAAGGCACACGAAAUAAAUGCAGCAAUUGUCGCAAAUGUACGGAAGCAUCGUGUUCUGUAUGACCCAACAGUUCCGGAGUACUCCAUAAAGAAAUUCUCCAAACAGGCUUGGGAAGCUGUGGCAAAAGCCACCAAUUUAGCUGAGGAAGACUGCAAAUUUCGGUGGCGGAAUCUCCGGAUAAGUUUUCUGCGGUACAAUCGAACAAAACGCAAUUCAGACGCAAAGAUAAAGCCAUAUUACUUGGAGCAGGAUAUGGCUUUUAUGUUACCCUUCAUCAGAUCCCGACCAAAUACAAUUGGAAGACCCCGAAAAUCCAAUUCUGCUGUCAAGAGAACCCCAACAAAGAGACUCUUUGGCGUGAAGAAGGAGGAUAUGAAGAAGCUGGAGGAGCCCGAUGAGGUGGGUGUUGUGGGGGAAGACAGUCAGGACAUUGAAUUUGAGUACGUCUACGAUGACAAUGAGAAGUCCCAGAUGGUCCUGGAGUACUCAUCGAAGCGUGACACACCAAUCAGCAUAAUUGCCGAGGACAAUGACACAUCGCCGAUGUACCAGCAAUCCUUCCAGGAUACCCCAAAGCAGAAUUACUACGAAAUUGUAAAUUCAUCCCACCGAGGGGACACCGAUGAGAAUCCUGAUUGGAAUUUCCUCCGAAGCUUCCUUCCGGAUUUGCAGAAAAUGUCUCCGAGUCAGAAGAUUAAGUUCAAAUUAACCCUCUGCACGGCCAUCAGCGAACUCCUCUAUAACGCAGAUAGUGCAUAAAUAUUACAAUUAAGGUUAUGUUUUAAUUUACGGGGGUUUAUUUUGUAAAUUUUAAUGAGAAAUAAUAAUUUUUAAGCUCCCAAAAACUU